GAAAAGUAAACGCGACCAAGCAUGAACAGGUUCUAAUAACAGUUGCAAAGUAAUGUUGUCUCUAUUGCACCUAGAGAGUUCUCCAUUGCUGAUGAGUGAGCAUGUGCCUUUAAAGAGCAGCAAUUAAAGAGAAAGAAAAAUAAUUGCGCAAAAAAAAUUCUUAUUGAAAUUUAUAAAUUAAAGGAAAUACAAUUUGGGUUUUCCUGUGGAUAAAUGAAAAGAAAAUUUAGUUGAAAUAAAACGACGGUAAUGAAAACACAUCCUGGGAAUUAAAAACCUUAACGGAUAAAUAAAGGAAAACGAAACCCAAAAGGUUAAACAAUAAAAUAGUGUUGAAAAGUGAAAAAAAGAUUAAAAUUGUUAAAAAAAAUUUCAAAACUAUUAGAAAAAAAUUAAAUAUAAUAAAAUGAUUCUAAAUAUGCCCGUUAAUAACGGAGCAAUUAACUCCCCCGUGUCUCAAGGCCAAAAUGAAUAUACAAAUUUUCUUAAACGCAAAUAUUCCGAACAAGAACUGCAACAAAAUGUUACGUCUCACAACAAUUCGGAAUUUGAAAAUACAAACUCCCACAGCAAUAAUAAUUGGAAAAAACGUCAUAUAGACCAGCAGGAAUCGACAAAUUACAAUCAACCUCUUAGCCAAUACAGCCAAGAAACCUAUAAACCCCAACAACAGCAGCAGUCGUCACAUCAGUCCAAUAAUGAAAAUCAGGAUAACAAUACGGGAACCUUUAAUAUUAUAGCAAAUAGUUCUUUUAUCAAUGAUCUCUUUGCCUACGAUGCCAAUUUAAUAGUGCCAGUAUCUGUGAAUAGUUUAAGUGACAGUGUUUUAGCUGAAACGGCCAACUUUAGUACACCCUCGACGGUGUGUGUUAAUGCCAAUGUGGACUAUGAUGAUAAUGCAGAACAAUGGCAAGCUUCCGAUUUAUUAGAAUUAGAUCAUCGUUAUAACUCAAGUCUACAAACAGAAAUAUCACAAUUAAAUCCUACGGUAAAUCUCAAAAGUCAAAGCGAGAUUAACUCCUUAAAUACAAAUACAGUUGAGGAGUUGCAGCAGCCAACAGAGCAUUGUUUUUCUUCUCCUAAAACUUUAGUUCCACAAAAUCCUAAACAUUUAACAACAACUACCACUACUGCAGUUGCAUCCUCGCCUUCCUCGUCAAACACCUGUUUUACACCCGAUAAUCUUGAACAAGAUUGUGAUUUUGAGGAUAAAAAUCUUUCAUGGUUGUUGAAUUUUAAAUUCGAUGAAUUUCCUCAUCUUAAUCCAGAUCUUGCAAAUAUUAAUAAUAGUGGUGGUAAACAUUAUAAAUCUUCGGGAAAUUCUAGUUUUAGUAAUACAAAUAAUACCUCCACUACAUAUGCGUCUACUACAAUGAUGACUUCGUCUUCUUUGGGUAAAGUUACACAUAAUACAAAUCCCGCGGUUAAUGGUUCCUCAUUUAGAGAUGGCGGUUCUAAAUCUCCUAAGAAUAUGAAUAAAACGGGUAAAAAAUUUGAGGAAUUGGUUAUGGAAGUUACAUCGGAAUUGGAUGGCAAUGAUAUGGUUGUAGCGGAAAAUGUUGUCAUCGAGGAGACUUCACACAGAGCGCCUAAGAAACCACCAUUUACCUACACGGAGCUCAUAGAAUACGCCCUUGAGGAUAAGGGUGAAUUAACAGUGUCCGGCAUUUAUCAAUGGAUAUCUGAUCGUUUUCCCUAUUACAAAUCGAAUGAUGAUCGCUGGAAGAACUCUGUAAGACAUAAUCUUUCCAUUAAUCCACAUUUUCGCAAAGGUCAUAAAGCGCCACAAGGUGCGGGUCAUCUGUGGACAAUAUCAAGUGGUGAUUCAGCGGAAAAUGUUUUAGCAUGGGAGCAUAAAAAACAACGUUUAGAUUUAUUCUUUAAAAUGGAAUCAAUGAAUCGUGAACGCUUGCAACAACAUCAUCAAAAACAGCAACAGGAACGUUUACUACAAAACGGUGCAGUUAGUGGACAACAUAAACAUGUGGGCUGUCAACAGGAUCAAUGUUUAUACGAUGAAGCUGCUGUGGCUGCUGCCGCUAUACAACAGGAAAUGUUACAACAAACAUCAACUCAUAAUAAUAACAAUGAUGCAUCUAUACAAAAUCAAAAUUCUGUACAUGAUAUUGAUUCAUCUGGGACUCAUGCUAUGCAUGAAUUACCCUACAAUGAUCUCUUAACGGAUGAGGAAUUAAGAAAAACUGCUGGACAAAUUUUAAAUGGUAUACAUAGAGAGGUGGAAGUACAAUCUGUGAAUCAAACCAUAAUUAGCACAUAUCAGGAUGUACUGCUAGAUAAUGAUUAUCUUAAUCCCAUACACAAAGAUGUGGUAGUUAAUGAAAGCGGUCUAAGACAUUCUUCCCAUUCUUCUAUGUCCUCACACUGCCAUAGCAAUAAUUCCUCAUCGGCUCCUUAUUAUGUUACCGAAAUUGAUCCCAUGGAAUUGGGCAUUCAAAUAUCGAACGAUCAUCAGCAACAUCACCACCAUCAUCACCAACAUCAUUCUCAUCACCAUUCUCAUCAUGCGUCCAAUAGUGAACCUUCCACUUCAGUAUCUGAAGAAUCGGAUGUUGUUUUAUUUAAUGAUGAAUUUAAUUUAAAUUAUUUCACUUAUAAUCCAACCCAUGAUAUUGUUGCUUGACCCAAAGAUCAGCAAUCUCAGCAACAACAACAGCAACCACCUCCUGUAAUCAUAAUGGUUCCACCUAGUUCGUAAAUAUUUAAAUUAUUUUUAACUAGUCAUUUCUUUUAUAGAUUUAUAUAAUAAAUUAUUUCGUUCGCUGUAAGUUUAAAUGCUUAAAUACUCCGUUUUCCUGGAAGGUUAAUUGAACCUUCUAGCAGGGAAACUUUGUAAAAAAUUUCUCAAAUCUUAUCUAGUCGUUUUGUAAAUUUAGCAUUAGAAUUAGUUUUAAUAUUUGGCCCUAUUAUUUAUCGUAGUUGUUGAAAAUAGCGAUCACCACCAGAGAUUGACAGCAACAUUUAAACAAAAUACAACUUUAAAGAUGUUUUCUUUUUCUGAGGUUCUUUCCUUUAAAAGAAUUCCAGAAAUCAUUACUCUUUGUUGUUGUAGCAGCAACACGUGUAAAUUCGGUGUGGCUGGGUUGACAAUCAUUGGUCGUUGUUCAUUGAACUCCGAGUCGUUCCGGUGCCAUGAACCGAUUGUCGUGGGAACGAUUUGUAGGGUCCACUAAUUAUGGUGGUAUUCACGACUAUGAAAAUUAUAUUAGGACCGAGUUGAUAUUUGAAUUUGUAAAAUUACUCUUGAUCACCAAAGAUUAGAAUUAAGUUUUCAUUUAGAUUAUUAAAUUAAAUAGUGUUAAUUGCACAAUGAAAUAAAUCUUCUUUCCGGGAUAAAAGUAAAUUGUAAUUUAUAAAAAUAAUAUUAUCAAUAAAAAAUUAAUACUUUAUGUGAACA